AUGGCAAGCAACCCCCUCAGCCCGCAGAACGUUCUGCAGGGCAUGGCAGACGCCUUGCCUACCCACGAGAAAGACGAUUCCACAUCAGAUAUGAGCAGCUCUGCAGAGGCCAUUGCCCUUUUCACACAUUCCUGCAUGAUCAAGCUUGGCUUCCGACUGCUUGGCUUCAACGAGGACCAGAAAAACGGUACCUAUCACUCCCAUCCUCGCAUUUAUCUCGACCUGCUUGAGCUGACUUGCCACCCAGAAACGGAAUGCCAGGCACUGGCGCCUCGUCUUCCACCAAGAUGGAAUGCCUCUGUAUCUUCCUACUCCUUUCUCUACGCACACACCCAGUCCUCCAUGCAGUUCGUCGUCAAAGUAGAUCGCAUGGGGGGCAAGGCCGAGAUCCGCGGGCUUGCAGUGGGCGACGAGCGCAUUGUGCGACUCGAGGUCACACCGAGAGACUAUGUUUCCAGUUCAGCACUGCCACUGCGCAUCACCAUCGACGCCGAUGGCAAUGAGGACCGCAGCGACCUGCCGUCCAAACUGCAAAAUGUCUUCAUUUCUCCAGAGCGGAUGGCCGACCUGGCGUCCCUCCUCAAGAUCAACAUCAUUCAGAAGCUCAUCCCAGGCCUGCAAAAGGAGGGCUACGAGGACACGAACCCGGACGACCGAGCAGCGCGUCAAGAUGCAGACCGACAGGGCCGGGAGGGCCCGAGCAACCCGCGCCCACCUCCGCCUGGACUGCCGGAGCCUGCGCGUCCAUACCCCUUCGACGACCCUCUUGCGGCACCACCUCGCAGGCCGGUGCCGGCGGGUGAAUUUGCCCCUCCCGACUUUGAGGACGAGUUUGAGAUCAACAGACCACUACGUGGACCUCUCCGCAUGCCCGGCGACGGUCGCUCGCCGUUCAAUAUCGGACACGAUGACCUUCACCCUCCCGGACUUGGACCGCACGAUCCUCUGAGAGGAUCAUUUGUGCCCGGCGGAGGCCUGCCGAGACCAGGUGGUAUGGGCGGUGGCAUGCACCCUACGUUCGACGACCCGUUGUUCCAAGGGCCGGGUGGAGGCGGACAGGCAGGAUAUGACCCACAAGCGCCGCCCGGUGCGCGCUGGGAUCCUCUGGGACCCGGCGGGCCUGGACCGAGAUUUGGCGGUGGACGGCCCGGAGGUGGCUUUGGCGGUGGCGGUGGCGGUAAUCCCUUUGGCGGAGAUAUAAUUUGA